AUGAAGGCGCGUGGCAGUUUUAGCUUCAUAAAUGAAUGAUGAGCAUCAUGAGCCCAAACUGCGUCUACAGUCAUGGCUGGAGCCCUCAAUGUGUGUAACUAGCAGCUCGCUCUAGUUUCUGAAUACAAUAUUGUUUUCCCUUUACAGGGUUCCAGAAUAAUAAUAAUGACUUGGCCGCGGUUUACGUUCAGCCUUUAAAAUGAAGGCAGGACAUAUAAUUUCAUAUUCAUACUCUUAUUUGGUACAGCCGUAAUAAACAUAUUAGGCUACUUCUGAAUAAAAUUAAUUUUGACAAAAAUGACGCAACUUUCUUGAAAUUAAGUCUGCAUUUGUUUAGACAAAGAUAAUACAGUGGCAAAGUUUCCCCUUGGUUCGUAGCCAAUAUCCGAAUAGUUUUCAUUGCAUUAUAAAUACACGUCUAGACAAGUCAAGAACUCAUCUCUUUAUCCAGUGCGUGACAAUGACACUAAAAUCUAACUACCCUUUUUAUUUGCAAACGUUUUAAGGCUUUCUGUUAAAAAAUUACCAAAAACAGCGAACCGAUCUAGUCAAAUGUCCACUCUACGGUCCUCGACCCCCAAAAGGCACAGACUUGUUAAAUGUAAAUUGGCAAAGCCACUUGGUAAAAGGAGCAGUAAAACAAAAACGUACGACCUUAAUGACAAUGUCACAGACAGUGUUUACAAAAACUCGGUAACCUGGAGAUGAGCAGACUCGAAACCUUCCAAUAUUAUUUCCAAGCACUAGAGCAACAAUGGGAGAUAAAGCAGGCGGCAGUAAGAGAUCGCAAUCUACAGACAAUAAAAUACAAUCUGGAAGACAUAAUCAGAAAAGUGAUCAAGAAAAGGAGGAAUCAUUGUUCUCUGAUCGUGAUGGAUGGUGGAGAACUACUUUCAAGGAUACUCCUAUUCCAGGAACUUAUGAAGUGCGAGAUUUUAUCCAGGAUGCCCAACUAAAUCCCAUUAAGAUGACUUAUCAUUUUAAGGGAGAAGGCAGAAAGAAAAGUGCUGCAAACAUUCCGUCAGGGGAAUUUCUGAUGCCUGGGGCUUACAUCAUUAAUGAUUUUAUAAAACGUCUUGAGAAACUACCAGCAACAUACUCCUUCAAAAACAUCCCUAGACCAGUCAGUUUCACACUUGGUGUAAGAGACAAGGAAGUUGAUGUUCCACCAUGGCACUAUAAUCUUAUUCCUGGUCCUGUGAUAAAAAUGCCUUCCAAGCAUGUGAUGUUUCGGUCUGCAGUUCAAAGAUUUCCAACUAUUUACUUCCGACCUAAAGAAGGCCCUGCACCUGGGCACUAUGAGCUGAAGGGUGAUGUACAGCAUGCUAUUAAAUCAAGUUUUCAGUCAAGAGUACCCAGGUUCCUACCAAUACGAAAUCAAAAAACACCAGGUCCUGGUACAUAUGAGAUUGCAAGAUACUAAUACUCAGACUGCUACAAGUUAUUCCCAGAAUGGGAUGCCAUGUUCACACUUUUCCAUAUGCUUUGAAUUAAAACCUUUUACCAGAUUACUUAAA